GUGCAGUCGAGUGGAUUGUGGUGGAUCUAGUCGAGAGGCGUCCAUUCUCUCGUCGUCGGCGUGCGCCCGGUCCCCUCCCGUCGUUGAAUCAUACAGGUUGAAUCAUUCGGUGGCUGUCAGCAAAGAACCAUUGCCAGAUUUCAGAGAAAGGUGCACGCUUCUAGCGAGUUCGCGUUUUUGAGCUCGUGAGGUUCUUGUUCGCUGCCAUUUUGUGAUUCGACACAAAGUCAGCUUCCUAGCGAGGGAAUUAUGGCGUCAAACAUGCAUGACACGAACGCCAACACCUUGAAGCAGACCCAGGCCCAGGUGGAUGAGGUCGUGGGAAUCAUGAGAACGAACGUCGAGAAGGUGCUCGAAAGAGAUCAAAAACUCUCGGACCUCGACGAUCGCGCGUCGGCCCUGCAAACUGGAGCUUCGCAGUUCGAGCAGAGCUCGCGUAAACUCAAGAAGAAAUUCUGGUGGCAGAAUAUGAAGAUGAAUAUCAUCAUCGGUAUCGUCGUUCUGGUGAUCUUGAUAAUCAUUCUCGCCUCGAUCUUCGGCAAGUGAUUUGGUCCUCCAGGAUUAGACUCCCGGAGACGUGCGCGAGCUGACAGACAUAUGGGAGCCGCAAAGAGACAAUAUACUUUUCGUAUGUCGUAUUAGGGCGCAGUCUUUCGAGUUUGUUAUACUUACUACCUGAUUCUACUUGGAGCAUUCGGAGAAAGGAGCAGCACACUUCGAGCAUCCAUCUCGUCAGCAAGGAUGAUCGAUCGAUGAUUUUACUUGGAACUUUUUUCCUCCAUGUCCACAAUAUCAUCUUCCAGAGUAGAUUUAUGAUACCUCGAGCAACUGGAAAGCGGGCAAGGGGAUCUCAGCUAGAGUUCUGGCCUCCGCCAGUGUCUCGAGAAGCCUCGUCAUAAUCUGCCCUUUGUACUCAAUGUUGUGGCUAUACAUCUGAAUUUUACCGGCGAAUGAUACGUGUGAUGUCAAGAUGAAUAGAAUAUUAUAUUGUACCGUAUUGAGAGGGAAAGAAAUAAAUAUUAUUCGAAGAGCCAUUUCAUUUACAGAAA